GGUUCUUGCUAGUGCAUAGCCAUUGUAGAUACCAAUGUUCCAAGUGUUCAUAUGCAUGCAAUGAUGGCUCGUCAUUCUACCUGCACAAUCGUCGCCACAUUGGAGCUAAGCCUUUGCGCUGCACCCGCUGCCCCUACAGCACCUGCGACAAGAGUAACUUGACCAGACAUUGCCGCAAAUAUUGCCCUCAACGACAGAAGAAUGAUCUUGCUGCUAAAGGAGGGAAAUCUCUUGAUGAGAGGCAUCCUGAUCCAGCAAUAAUUGAGACAUCCAACGUUGUGCCAUGUGUUAAAGAUUUUACUACCGUUAUUUGUGACCAGGGCAAUCAAGUCACACCACGUGGAUCAUUUGAAGAACCCUUGGCUGAAUUUGAUUCAAUUGGCACUCCUCCUACUUCUGCUGCCAUCAAGAACGCGCCACUUAAUUCAACAAUGAAUGAAGAAGGUUCAUUACCAAUUGAGUCUGGCUCAAACAUUGCUUCAGAUGACAACAUCCCUCUAUGUACCACCCUCACAAUAUAUCAUAUUCCUUCUAAUAACAAUAUAUCUUGUUCCACCAUAAGCGAAUCUGUCAGUGCUAAAAGUAUUUAUCAAGGGAAUUCUCCUUCUCGCCUCACUUUUCAAGAAUCUGAAAAUGUUAAUAAACCUAAAUACAGCUCGCCUAAGUGUCUAAACCAAAAUAUUGAAGGGAAAUCGGAAAGUUCUACUCAAUACCCAUUAAACCAAAGUGGUCCAAGCAAAUCUGGUUUGUGGAGGUACUCAUCUAACCUAGUGAAUGAAAAACAGAAUUUUUCGAGUGAAAAUCGAAAUGAAAUUUUUGCACAUCCAGUAAGAUGUAAACUGAACCCUGAAACAUAUCCCAUGUCGAAAAGUUUCCCAAAGUCGAUGGAAAACCCUGAAACAUAUCCCAUGUCGAAAAGUUUCCCAAAGUCGAUGGAAAACUGCACAAUGGAAGAUACUACCAUAUUUGAUGACUUAUUUGAACAACAGGGAAUGUGUGAUACUAUAGGAAUUGUUCUCGAACCUCACGAAGAGGCUGGAGCUCAUGCAUUGAAAGCAGGGUUAUGUGACCCGAAAUGUUUAACGUCUGGUAUUUAUAAAUCUGAUAACAUUUGCGUGCAAACUCAAGCAACUGUUGAAUCUACUAACAUUUGUGUGCAUCAUCAGGCGACUGAUGGCUCUUCCAAUUUUGUACAACGCUCCCAGGAACACAAAAUCUCCGAGCCAGACCAUCCAGAAACAUGGAAUACAAUUAUAGGCAAUGAAAAACCUGCUUCGGAGGAAGUUUCCGAUUUUCAGUUGGGAAAACUCAAAUCAACCUUUAACGUCAUCACUACUGAUACAUCAGCUUCUGAUGAAGUUCAUGCGCCCCAUGAAAAUGACUUAAAAAAUGGUGAUGUACCACUUCGUAAUGCAACACUACUUAAUCUGCUUCCUGGAGAGAACCCAAGUAUCGGAGCUACACGACGAUCAACUAAAUCUAAUUUGAAAGUCACAGAAAAUCUUCAAAUUAAUGAACAAAACGAAGCGAAUAUUGCUUUAGAACCUUAUUGUAAUGCUGGUGCAAUUUAUCCAAAAAAUGUUGCACUGGAUUCAGAGAAGAGUAUCAGAAAGGAGCAAUUGGCUCACCAUGUUUCCAAAUACCCAUUCAAAUGCUCUGUGUGUGCAUUUGAAACUGGUCAAAAACGUCUCUUCAACGCGCACUGCAAAACACAUUUGCCUGAAAAACCUUUCACGUGUGCAUUGUGUCCGUUCAGAUCCAAAUACAAAUGCUCAUUAAUUCAGCACUGUAGUUUAAAACAUGAUCCAACGAAUCGUAGAAAAAAUACCGAAAUUAAACUUCUUUAUAAUUGCACCAUGUGUGAGUUUUCGUCAACGCACGUGUCUAGUUGGCGGAGGCAUCGCCGUAAGCAUUCUACGAUCGCUCAUCAGACUGAUUUACACGAUAGUAAAAAGACCUUCCAGUCCAGUUUAAUGAGCCAAAUUCAGUGCAAAAUUAAUUCAUCUCUGAAGCCUCUUACAAGAGAAAAGAUGAUGAAUAUGGAUAAUUCCAAAGAAAAUAUUUCUUUUGACAAGUCGGUUGUAUAUCUGAAUAAUCCAAACAAUGAAAAGAAUCUGAAAAUAAAUGAACGUCUUCUGCAAGGAGUCCCAGAUGAUGUUGUACGCAGUUCUGAGGAACAGUUAAUAGUUGAUCAAACUAAGGUAGACAAACGCUAUGUUCGUUUGUAUCGCUGUCGAUACUGUCCUUUGGUGUUCCAUGACAGCAUUUCUCGCCGCCACCACAUGCCGGUGCACCGAAAAGAAAUGCGCUAUGGCUGCACCAUCUGUGGAUAUAGAACAAACUCCCCGAGUGUCCUGAAACAUCAUAUCCGCAGACAUCUGGCCUCUCCUUUCUACGCCAGUAUUUUGUCUAAAGACUUGCGUAGUAAUAAUGAUCUGAAGUCUGACGCGCUGAAGGUGGAGGUGGAAUCUCAAUUAAGUUACGAGGCAGUAGAUGAGCGAGAAGAACCUGGAAAAUUUAGCAGUCUACUCGCAGUGGGGGAUUUUGGUGCCUGUAGAGUAACGAAGACGAGGUUAAAAACACUGGUGAAUCAUCGUUGCUCUGAUACGAAUUUUAUUAACAAUAGUGUGAUUAAAACAAUUGUUGAUGAUGGCUCUAAUUGCAGUCAAAAUAAAGUUAGACAUCCUGAGACUGCACUGAAUUGCCAAAAUAUGAAAGAGGAGUGCCGGACGACGAAAAGUGCGACUGCAAUCGAUGCAAAUAUUAAUUAUAUCCGCCACGUGACUGGGAAUUCAUCGGACGACAAAAUACGAUCGAAUAAUCGACAAAUUACCGUUCCAAAGCAGUGCUCCAAGUCGUCAGAGCAAGCCUUUAACAGACAAUCUAUUUUCAGUGAAAUUGAAAAUGAAGAAGAAAGUAAAACAAGAGUCAAAAUAAAAAUGAUUAUUAACGAAGCAGAUUCUAGCAAUGUCAUACCUACAGAGGAUGAUCAUGUCAUCAGUAUAAAUAACGACUUGGAGAACACCAUCUAUAUAGAUGAGGCUAAAAGCGAUAUCAUCAGCCAUGAAGUUGGGAACAUGGAGAGCAGCGAAGUUGAAAACCAUAGCAAUAGAGCGGAAAUCAGCAGUUGUAAAAUUGAAAACUACAGCAGCAGCGUUAAAAACCACCGCAACCGCGUUGAAAACCAUAGCAAUAGCGUUGACAACAACGACAACAGCGUUGAAAACAACAGCAAUAACGCUGACAACAACUGCAAUAGCGUUGAAAACGACAGCAGCAGCGCUGAAAACAACAGCAACAGCGCUGAAAACAACCGCAACAGCGCUGAAAACAACAGCAACAGCGCUGAAAACAACAGCAACAGCGCUGAAAACAACAGCAACAGCGCUGAAAACAACAGUAGUAAAGUUGAGGCCAUCAACAACAGCGUUGCGAACAGCAACGAUAUUAAAAUCGAGACGAACGCCGGGGUUCCAUGUUCCAAGACUAUCCCCAAUCUCCCCGAAGACCUCCUCUACUACACGGACAUCGCGGGCAGCGAUGCGAGCCUGCAGGGGGCGCGACCGAGCCCCAGGGGCGCGGGUGUGAGUCCCAGGGGCGCGGGUGUGAGUCCCAGGGGCGCGGGUGUGAGUCCUAGGGGCGCGGGUGUGGGGUGCCAGCUUUGUGAUUUCCGCUGCGCCGGCAGAAGCACUCUUGUUAAACACAGACUUGCCUGUCAUCCUCAACUGUCUGGCAUGCGCUGCAAGGUUUGCUCAGCUUGCUUCCCCAGUCGCCGUCAGCUGCACCGCCACCAAGCCGCCCUCCACGCCGCCGCUCUGCCCCACCGCUGCCCAAUAUGUGGGUACCGCACCACCCUGCGGUACCUCCUGCAGCGCCACAUGCGGUGCCACACCAAGCAGAUGUUCCAGUAUUCCUGUACUAAAUGUUCCUUCUCCUCGCGAGCAAAAUCUGCCAUCGUGUUACACGCGCGCAGCCACUCAGGAUCGCCGAGUUACGUGGCGCUGCUACAGGGUGACGAAGGCGACGAUGAGGGGGCUGAGGUCACCUUCGAGUUACGGGCCUUUGAGGCACGAGAGGCGGGCCUCUGAGGCACGAGAGGCUUGCUUCUGAGGCACGAGAGGCGGGCCUCUGAGGCAGUAGAGGCGUGCCUCUGAGGCACGAGGCGGGCCUCUGAGGCACGAGAGGCGGGCCUCUGAGACACGUUACGCUUGCCUCUGAGGCACGAUAGGCCAUUAACAUCGCCAUUUAAGCGUCAUUUCACACACUGAAGUUGGGUACCUUAUUUUUCUUGCGCAUUCCUGGAACACGCCUACCAAAGAAUACGCUCUAGAGUUAGCAGAUAUGUUUUUAAUACGCCUAUAUUUAAAUUUGUUAAAAAAUUGA